AUGAAAUUCGCUCUUCUUUUAAUUAGUUUAUGUUAUAUUCAAUGGAGUUUGGCAUCAGAUUCCUAUUUGAUUGUCUUACCCAAAUUAUUUAAAGUUGAUUCAACCAAUGAAAUAUCGAUCACAAUUGGCAAUGUACAACAACCAGCUGAAAUUAGUUUUGAAUUAAAAUAUAAAGGAUUUAGUCAACGAGCACAGGCAACGGUCAGACCAGGUGAAACGCAAAACGUUACUUUAACUUUACCAAAACAGUGCCCCGUUGGUGUUGCUGAAUUAAUUAUUCAAGGAACCGGCGGUGUUAAAUUUACCGAACGUCGUGAUGUUAUCACCUACGACGAUCGAUACGUUUUGUUGGUACAAACAACAUCGACAACAUAUCGUCCAAAUGAUACCGUCGAAAUUCGUGUUGUAGCCACAGACGAAAAUUUAAUUCCAGUCGAGAGCGGUGAAUUGUAUAUUGACAUCUAUGACAGCCGAAUGAGACGAGUCGCUGAUUUCAAACGUGUUCAGAUUCGAAAUGGUUUGAGCGAUGUUGUCCAAUAUCGUCUACCUGAACAAUCUCAAACUCUCACAUUAGGCAACUGGAUGGUAUCGGCAACAAUGGAAAAUGUCACAUCAUCUGUAGAAAUAUUAAUCAGUCGUCCAACACAAUCAGGCUUCGAUAUGAAAGUUCUCUUUCCACACUUUUUACUCCGUAGUGAAAAAUCGUUCCGUGGCUUCAUUGAAAUUGCUGAUGAUUGUGAUAAACCAAUAUUUGGACGUGCAACAGUCGCCAUUGGACAAAUAACAGAACAAGAUUUGAUUAGUGGUGAACCUACAGAUAGAGUUAUGGGUCAAGAUGAUUUCAAAGUACCAACAGGACUAAGAACAAAAGUCAUCGAUGUUAAUGGUCGUGUCCCAAUGGAUUUUGAUUUAAUGGAAACAUUCGGUGUUGAUUUAACCAGAUCUUUGGCUCUUACCGUUUACGUUAGUGUUACUGCACAACUUUUAGGUCAAGAACGUUUCAUCAAAUACAUCAUACCAAUCUUCAAUCGUGAUGUCAUCUAUGAUAUUCGUCCAUUAGAAUUUGUAGCUGGUGAAAAAAACGAAUAUGAAAUAAUAGCAAAACGUCCAGAUGGAAAACCAGCCAAAAUUGAAGAAAUGUUAGUUAAUGUCACAAUGCUUUUUGAGACCGAUGCACCAAAGACAAUCGAAAUCCGUGAACUAUAUGCACGUGACCGUACCGAUAUCGGAUUGUUUAAUUUUGAAAUACCAGCCAAUUGUAUUGGAGUCUAUUUGACGCUUACACCAAUGGGAGAAGAUGGAAAACACCGUGGAUACCGAACACAACGUGUAGCAUUAAUGCCACUUCCAGCACGUCGUGAAACUGGUGCAAAAUUAUCACUUGAGAUCGUUGCUGAUAAAACUGGUUUACGUCAUCGUUCAUCGUCAACAAUGGAACCCGUCACAACAAUGAUGCCAACAGUUGGAAGACCAGCCUAUUUCUACGUUCAAUUAUUACCAAUGAAAUCCAUGAAACGUUAUGAAACCUUUCCAUUGACCUAUGUUGUCUUGACAAAUGGAAAAAUUACAUCAACUGGCACAUUUAACAUUGAACCCACAAAAUAUUGUACAAUAGCACCACGUUCAAUUCAACCAGAACAAGAAGAUUCAUCAAAACCACUUCGAUGUGUUUUCAAUUCAACAUUAGAAAUCAUGAUGACACGUCAAAUGCUACCAUAUUCAACAUUGUUAGUGUAUGGUUUCAAUCCAGUCGUAGGUAUCAGUGUUGCAGAAUCCUAUCGUUUCUCUGUUGAUGGUCUAUUUCGCAACAAUUUGACAAUGAGUACAAGAGAAAGAGAAACAGGUACCGAUCAAUCAUCAACACCAAGAGACGACAUCCGACGCAGAGAACCAAGACUCGAUUUAGUAUUCAAUGGUUUAUCCGAAUCAACAGUUGGUGUCAACGUCAUCUCAUACGACGCCAUUGUACAAGGUUUACCCAAUGACAUCACAAAAGAACGUCUAUUACGUUACAUGAUUAGCUAUGAAUCUACCCCACUUGUCCAAGGUCUGCCAAUUAGUGGUCAAGAUACGUCAUCAAGUCCAGUAGUGAUGCCACGUGAAGUCAGUGGAGAAGCCAGACAACCAAGACCAUUAUCUGCUGAAGAAGAAAGACUAAGAAAACAUCAUCAAGAACAUAUCUUACGAGUAUUUCUUAGAAAGAUGGCAUUUGGCUUACGUUGUUUUGAUGUAUUGAAAAGUGUCGCUGGUGAUGAUGCAUAUAUAACAAGAAAUAUGGAACAUUUAUACGCUGAUAAAAAGUCUAAUUUAAGAGACGUUGUAAAAAGUAGAAAAUACGAUUACAACAAUAAACAAUACAGAGUUGGUGAAAAUGAAUGGAAUGUUCAAGUCGGUAUGCUUGCAUCCGCACAGUCGAUGCCACGAGAUUCAAAUGAAGAACACUCUGACGAACCUGAAAAUCAAAUGUUUGAAGGUGAACAUUUUCAAGCUGCAUACGGUACAAAAGAAUGGUAUCAAAGAAUGAGUCAACGUACCAGUAUGAUAUCGAGAGAAGCAUUCACACUCAUGCACUCUGGAUUAGCAUUUGUCACUGAUUUUUCAUCAUUAUUUCUUCCAAAAGAAAUGCAUCAUAUGGACUACAAUAUAAUCAGAAAUUACCGUGACCAAUAUUUAACAAAAGAACAAUGCCCACGUGAAGCAGCUCGAUUAAUGUUGGAAGAUUAUUUUAAAAAAGCCGAUUCAUCAUUAGUAAUCCCAUCAAAUAUUUUGGAUGAGCAUACCCGUGCAUCUUAUUAUCGUUCAAUCGUAUUCAAUCGUACCCAAUUGGAUCGUAAUGGACAAGGACGUUUAAGUUUACCAACAAUGAAACCAUACACAACAUGGUUAGCUACUGGUUUUUCAUUAAAUCCAACAUCUGGUCUUGCCAUUGCUGAACCAACACUAUUAAGAACACCCGAAGGUUUAUACAUAAUUGCUGAAACACCAAGAGAUAUCCAAGUUGGCGAACGUUGUACACUCACCUAUGCAAUCUGUAAUCAUUUCAAGAAGAAUUUGGACAGUGUUGUUUUACGUAUUAGAUCAUCACCUGAUUUCGAUCUCAUGGAACAA